AUGGAAAUUGCUAAUCUAAGUCCCGAUUAUACUUACGAUGCUGACAUGAUUGACAGAAGAAUAUUUAUUGGUGAAUCUUACGAUGACGAUUUUUGGAUUCGGUACUUUAGGAAAAAGGACCUUCAAAGAUUAUAUGAGCUUUUUUUGGAGCAGGUUAUACCUUUUGCUAAGGAAAUCUUGGAGACCUCUUUUCAUUCUAAUGACGAAAGAUUAUACAAUGAAUUAUUUGGACAUCUUUCCACUAUUACUGAUCCGUUUAUCCAAGAAAGAAUUCACGGUAAUUGUGAGUUUUUCGUUGGUAGUAACGAUAUUAUUCCUGAUAGCCAUUGUAUUCGUGAUCGAAUUUGGAAAACUUUUCUAUGGUACUUAACCUGGUCCAUGGAACAUAAUGAUAAUUGCAGUGGAAACAGAAGUAAUAUGGUCAGACAUUUAAGAUAUUUUUUAGUGCAUCGCUGUAUGAGUGAUAUUUUAGAGAAGGCUUAUGACAUAUAUGUCGAUGUUUUCGCUACAAAAAUAGGCGUUACAUUUUUUCUUGAACAUUUGGAGU